AAUUUUAAAAUAUUAAUUGAAAACAUAAAUGUAAAACAACGAAUAAACCGCAAUAAAAUUUUGCCGCAAUCCAAAACGAGACUACCCGCCGGCAAAUCGUUUAUGUUCGAAAAAGCGAUAUCAAUCUUAUCCACCAAUUUUAUAAUAUAAUGAGGAUGUAUGUAUGCAACUGCGUGAUUGCUAAAAUUGUGAAAAAAAUUCAAACUUAUGUAGAAUAUCUCUGUUAGCAGUUAACGGAAUUUAAAGUGAUGUUAUAGUAGAUGAAACUCAAUAAGCAUUUAUAAUCACCGAUAAGUACAACGGAAACAUUCCUUCACAUAACAUAUAACUUUACUAAACUAUUAGUCGCAUGAUUUCAUUAAAAAGGGAUGGAUGCCUACACAUUACCAACGUACUUCCCACUGGCUACCUAUUCAGAUUUACAAUUUCUGGCUUCUCGACGAGUAGCUGCAGUGGCAGCUGCAGCAACUGUGCUGCCCCCACCUCCACCACUACCGACCUCAGUUGUAACUGCUACGAAUUCAGUUAACUCCACAAACGUGAAUGGCAUCAACAGCUGCAAUAAUCCAAAUAGUGGUGAGGAUGAGUGCAAUCCUGCCGAGAGCAGCAAAUUGCAGAUGUCUCUGGACGUUAUGAACAUGGCUGCUGCUGUACACCCUCACUCGCACCCACUUCAUAACACUCACGGUGCUGUACCACCACCUACAGCUCAACCGCACGAUUUUCAUCCAGCCUACAGAAUUCCAAGCUACAUGGAACAUUUGUACUCACUCCAACGUACCAGUCCUACCGCAUCUUUUCAUGAUCCAUAUACAGGCUGUCCUUCAACAUUUCAUUUAACAGGGCUAACUUUCAACUCUGGUGAUUAUUUAGGUGCCCGUGCUGUUAGUUCCUUGGGUGAUCUACAUCCAGCAACGGCGGCAGCUGCAGCAGUAGCUGCCAAUUCCUUAACAAGUACCGACUUUCAUUUGAGCGUCGAUGGAUCCCGACUGACUAAUUCACGAGCGGGAAGUAUACGGGCCAGCAUUAGUCGGAAACGUGCCCUUUCCUCCUCGCCAUAUUCGGACUCCUUCGAUAUAAAUUCAAUGAUCCGAUUUUCACCAAACUCAUUGGCCACAAUUAUGAAUGGUUCGCGCUCCAGCAGCACCGCUAGUGGAUCGUACGGUCACUUAUCAGCUGGUACUAUCAGUCCAGUUCCUCAUUUGCAACAGCUACAAGCUCAUUUAAUACGCGCUAGUGCUGGUUUACUGCAUCCUAUACCAUCACAUCAAGCUGCAGCUGCCAGUAUGUUUGCUAUGGGACAUAUACACCCACUGCAAUCAGCAGCAGCUGCCGCAGCCGCUGUCGCAGCAACAGUUACAAACAAUGGUGUUGGUAGCACAAGCAACGCUGGAGGAAUGCCACAAAUCAAUAAAAAUAAUGUUAGUGACAUAGUAAAUACGACAAAUCCAGGCACUAUCUCAAGCAGAAAAAAUUAUUAUGAAGACGUGGCAUUAAUAAAUAAAACUAAACCAGAGCAGCCGACUUCAACAUCAAGUGGUGUAGCGCAAGUUGAAGCGGAUAGUGCGUCAUCAAACGCACUCCUGCAUCGGUGCAAAAUCAUCAAGAGUCCACUGGUACCCUGCUCUAGUAAUGUUCAGUGUAAUACAACAACACCACACAGUGACUACGAGUGCCCCAUUGUCGACACUACCGACAUAAAAGACGAACCAGGUGAUUUUAUAGAAACCAACUGCCAUUGGCGUGAUUGUGGUAUAGAGUUCGUGACGCAGGAAGAGUUAGUUAAACAUAUUAACAAUGAUCACGUACAGACCAAUAAGAAAACAUUCGUUUGCCGAUGGUAUGAAUGUUCUCGUGGCGAAAAGCCUUUUAAGGCCCAAUAUAUGUUAGUUGUACAUAUGCGGCGGCACACGGGGGAAAAGCCGCAUAAAUGCACGUUUGAGGGUUGCUGCAAGGCAUAUUCCCGUCUUGAGAAUUUAAAAACCCAUUUACGUUCACAUACAGGCGAGAAGCCUUAUACCUGUGAGUACCCUGGUUGCAGUAAAGCCUUUAGCAAUGCAAGUGAUCGCGCUAAGCACCAAAAUCGCACACACAGCAAUGAGAAACCAUAUAUAUGUAAAGCACCAGGAUGCACCAAACGCUAUACCGACCCUAGCUCUUUACGUAAACACGUGAAAACAGUGCAUGGUGCCGACUUUUAUGCAAGCAAAAAACACAAGGGGUCUUCCAACGAGGAUGAUAAUGGUGGUAUAGAUGGGCAUGGUAUUACCAGCAGUGCGAUUGGAUCAAAUGGUUUAAAAUCUUCCUUACAUAUGCAACUUCAUAAUCACAAUCAUCCUCAAAUCGAUUCAAGUCCUCGUAGCGAAGACAUGCAUUCGGGCAAAACAAACAGCAUUUCCAGUCCAAGCAUCAAAUCGGAAUCCGAUGCUAAUUCCCCAGAUCACAGCCCCAAUGGGGCAGAAGGUAAUCAGCUAUUGAUACAAAGGUCACAAUUACGUUCGACCGGAAAUAUUCGUGACAACGAAAGUUCUACUUCAGGAACCGGUUUUAGAGCUGACGAAUUUCAAUUUAGCUCUGUAGCUCCCCUUGAUGAGGGUUGGGAGUAUGAUGAAGAUUUGGGAGUUGAAGAUUUGCCAUAUGUUUUACGCGCAAUGGUAAGCAUUGGUAGUGCGGUCAACACCGGAAAUGGUGGCUGCGGAAAUAUAAAUAGUGGCCCGGGAGGCGGUGGUGGUGCAAGCGGGGUUCUUGGUGGAACUAUGUCGCGGCAGCGUCUUCGGAGUCGAUUACAGGCAAAAGGUAUAAAUUUGGGUUCAGUAAUGUUAUCAAACAUUCCUGAAGCACGUCGAAAUGUUGGCUUAGGAAUUGGUGAAUUAAAUCAAAGAAUAAAUAAUUUAAAAAUGGAGUCAACCACUUCCCCAAUGUCGCCACCCAGCCCAGAUUACAUAUCCAAAAUGACAGGAAGUCAUACAACUGAGCUUCAGACCCGCUUACAACAACAGCAAUUUUUAAGACGUGAUAGUCAGAAUUCCAAUGCUAGCACUUACUAUUGCAGUAUGCAGAGUAGGCGCAGUAGCCUAUCCUCUCAGGUGUCUUCCAUAUCUACCAUGAGACCCACAUAUAACAUAGGCUCUUUCUAUGAUCCUAUAUCGCCCGGCUGUUCUCGAAGAUCAAGCCAACUUUCGAAUAUAACUUCUAAUGUUUUGGGCUGCAGUAGUAAUUAUAAUGCUAAUGGUGGCACCAACGCGAACGCCACCAGCAAUAUUAAUAACAUUGUUGACAAGGGCCCAUCAAAUAACUUGAUGUUAAGCAAUUCAGCGACCGCUACUGAUAGUUCCCUGUGCAAUAAUAUAAUUAAAUUGAAUGGAAACAAUGGUAACAACCACAGUUUGCCACCACCACCAUCCUCGCAUUUGAUAUCAUCACGUUUGCGUCUUCGAAACAAAAAUUAUCAGCACAAAACUCCACCUCGCGACCGUGGUCGUAGCUCCAUACCAAACCUUCUAUUUCCACAACUCAUUGAAGAACAUUGUACUUCAUGCUCAAUGUUAAAAUCCUCUCAAGAACAUUUUAAGCGUCGUCAAUCUGAGCCCACAAGGACAAAAAACAAUCAUUGUUCAUCUCCCCAACCGACUUCCGUUCCAUUUGUUCCAUACAAAAUGCCCACCAUAACUCGCACAACUAAUAGCUUAGAUAUAGAAGACAAUCAAGAUAAAUUGAAAACAAGUAAUUGUGUUGGAGAGAAACCUAUCGCUUCAUCUCGUGAACAUCAUCCAAACGAAAGAGUUAAUCUGGAUGAAGUUGAAGAAGAUGAACUUAUCGAGAAUAAAUUGGUAUUACCAGAUGAAAUGCUUAUAUAUCUCAAUCAAGUAGCCGAUAAACCAUAUUCAACUCGGCAACAGGAGCCACCAAGCCAACAACCAUUACAAACGAAACCAAAAGAAAUAAAAUCUUCAUCGAUCGUUGCUGAUACGGCAAAACAAGCACAAACUUCCCAAUUUAUAGAAAAUGAUGUUGUGAAAGCAGCGUGCACAUCAGCUUCACCCACCAUGUAUCCAAACAGCCCCACUUUAACUUGCGUAACACAAAACCAAACAACAAUGGGUCAAAGUAUGUCUCCUUUAUCCAAUUAUUAUGUGACGGCAAGAGAAAGUUCCACCCGCACUCUUAAUUAUGAAAUGUGUAGUCCUCAAAGACCUAAUCCAACAUACAACAUCUAUCACGCCAGUUCACAAGUAGCAGAACAUCACGAUAUGGAAUAUGAUUGUAAUUAUAAUAAUUCAACAAAUGACAGCAUGAUAGCUGACCAAUUGCAUCAGCAACCGCAACAGCAAUUUGAACAGCAUUUGGCGAUUAACUACUUCCGCAUGGAGAAUUUGAAUCUUCAUUCUAGAGACCACAAUUCAAAUCUACCACACCACUAUCAGCACCAACAGCAUUCUCAGUUUCAACAACAGCCAAAGUCACAACAAGAAAAUACAGCUAUUUGUGUCGAUUUGUCAAUGACAAGUUUACCAGAAACUAAAGCCGACAGUAUUUCAAAACCUUGCGAUGAGCAGAUUACAGCAGUUGGAGCUGUGGGUGUAAAUAAUAACAUAUUUUACCGAGUACCUAGUACGGAGCGGCGGUUUCAGCAACAUCAGCAAAUGUUGCAAAUUCAACGGCCAGCUUUACCAGCAUUGAGUGACCCAGUCUGCAAAUUAGCUGUUGCCGAAAUUCAAUGUGGCGAUAUCAGUCAAUCCCAAAUGUCACCCAUAUUGGAAUCACGGCAACAAAACCCAUCAACUAAAGUUAUAAUGGCGGCAAACACUACACCACAAACAGCUGUGACUACCACUAUGACCAUGCAAUCAAUGUCGACCAAUCAAAUCCAGGUAGGCCCAGCAGUAGGACAUUUCAUAAACAACUUUCCAACCACAACAAUAACAACAGUUGCGGCAUCAACUACUGAAUUAUUUGGCAGUAGUAGAAAUAAUGGACAAAAUGUGCCCUAUAUUCUAAACAACGAAUCGGUCGCUAAUGGCGGCAUGCGUUUCGAUACAUACCAACGCACACUUGAAUAUGUGCAGAACUGCCAAAACUGGUUACAUACUAACGAUUCCGGCACACAUAGCAGUAGCAAUCACGACAAUGAAAGGCCUGAUUACGAGCAAAACGUCCAGCAAGCUGUUAGCAGUUCUACACAUCCCAGCAAUAAUAUGAUAAUCAAUGACAUGACAACCUCGUUGAGCUCGUUACUAGAAGAAAACAGAUAUUUUCAACUCUUGCAAUGAAUAUAAUAUACAUAUGUAUAUAUACUACAUACUCUAAUAUAUACUAUAGACAUGUUCAUGUAUAUUCACCAAUUAUUUGAAAAAAAUUUUCUUUAUCUUAGCUACCACAUUCCCUCUCUCUAUAUGUGCUAAUAGAAUUGUAUAACUAGUUUCGGUGCGUAUUUACAAAUCAUAGUUCCCUUGUUCAUUUUUCUUUUGAUAAAAAAAAGUGUCAUUGAUGAUAAAUCAAUUGACAAGACUGUUCAAUCUCCUGAUUUUCGAUUGUGUCUUAAUACAACAUUUUUGUGUUUUUAAAUUAAGUAUAUUAUGUAUUAUCUCAUAUACAAAGAGAAAACACUUUUCGUUAUGUGCUGUUAUGGAUAUUUUUACAAAAUCACCUUCGAUUUUUUAUCUAAGUAAAUUGAAUAAACAAAAGUCGUUUUUGUCACACAAUUUAUAACUCAAGAACGGCUGAACCGAUUUGACUCAAAAUUGGUAAGAAGGUAGCUUAGAAACUGGGGACAAUCGUUACAGAUCAUUGAAAGUCAAAACAAUUCUUAUAUAAAAAAUUAUAUUUCAAAUCAAAAGCAUGUGUUCAAUUUGCAUAUAAUAAUCAUUUAAUAUUUUUUUUACUUAAAAAAAAAUUAACAUAACUGCCUGGGUGCAGUAAUUUUUGUUUCCACGCAUAUCUAUAUCUAUGGUUUUUUAUAAUUGUUGUUAAUGGACAAGGCGUUUUUGUUUUGGACACACUAUGUGGAACCAUGACAUUUG